CCGAAGUAUGCUUAUACUCCAGGAAAUGACGAUGCCACGAAACAAACUGGGUUACUCAAAGACCUCCAGGCCCUUGGCAUCCAAGAUGCCCAGACUAUGGUACUCCUCCUCAAUACCUCUGCUACAGGUGUUGACGAUGACAAUGAGUUUCUCCUGGAACGAAUGAUACAGAUGCUUUCCAAACUUCCUCCCCACUCCAAAGAAGGCAAACAAAUGACCGAUGGACUCAUAAAUCAGCUAUGGGGAGGCUUAGAACAUCCACCUAAGUCAUCACUCGGCAAGGACUACCGAUACCGUGAACCCGAUGGGUCUUGCAACAACAUUAGAGAUCCACAGAUUGGUGCUGCCAACACGCCAUAUGCACGCUCGAUGCCUCCUAUGGUGUUUCAAAGCCCUGAUCUACCAGAUCCAGAACAGCUAUUUGAUAUGUUGAUGGCUAGAGGAGAUGACUUCAAGCCGCAUCCAAAUGGUAUUUCAAGUAUGCAAUUCUACCUGGCCGCGAUCAUUACUCAUGAUAUAUUUCAGACGGACUCCAAGGACUUCAAUAUUAACACUACUUCUUCGUAUCUUGACCUGUCUCCUCUGUAUGGUAGAAAUUUAGAAGAACAGAGGAUCAUGAGAACGUUCAAAGACGGCCUACUGGAACCCGAUUGUUUCAGCUCCAAGCGUUUGCUUGGGCUUCCUUCUGGAUGUGGAGUCUUUCUAAUUAUGUUCAACCGCUUCCAUAAUUAUGUUGUUUCACAACUUGCUAGCAUCAAUGAAAGAAGCCGAUUCACCAAGCCGAGAUCAUACGCUACGGGUAUACAAGUCGAGAGUGCCUGGCAGAAGUACGACAACGAUCUUUUUCAGACUGGCCGUUUGAUCACGUGCGGUCUUUACAUCAACAUCAUCAUGAAAGAUUACGUCCGCACUAUGCUUAGUCUCAACAGAACAGACUCUGUUUGGGGUCUGGAUCCCAGAACCAAGGAAGGGCAGAACAUGCUCAGCAAUCCUGCUCCGGAAGCGACUGGUAAUCAAGUGUCUGUCGAGUUCAAUCUUAUUUAUCGAUGGCAUAGCGCGCUUUCCAAGAAAGAUGAAGCAUGGACAGAGAAAGAAUUCACAAACCUCCUUGGAGGUAAAGAUCCUGCUACUGCGCCCUUGCACGAAGUCCUUGCAGCUUUGGGCAGAUGGGAAUCCAUGUUACCUGAAUGGCCUGAAGCAAGACCAUUUGCUGCACUUUCUCGCAAGUCCGAUGGAACCUAUGAUGAUGAUUCUCUCGUCAAGAUAUUGCAAGCGUCUAUCGAAGACGUUGCUGGUACCUUCGGGGCCAACAAAGUGCCCAACUGUUUGAGAACAGUCGAAAUUCUAGGCAUCAUCCAAGCAAGGUAUUGGAAUGUAGCAACCUUGAAUGAGUUUCGAAGUCACUUUGGGCUGAAAAAGCACGAAACCUUUGAAGACAUCAACCCCGAUCCAGUGGUUGCGAACAAGCUCAUGCAAUUAUAUGACAACCCUGACUCGGUAGAGCUAUAUCCAGGUCUGUUAGCCGAGAAACCUAAACCGCCAAUGAGCCCUGGAAGUGGGUUGUGUGUAAAUUUCACCACUAGUCGAGCAAUUCUCUCCGAUGCAGUCGCUUUGGUGCGGGGCGACAGGUUCUAUACUGUGGACUACACACUCAAGAAUCUAACCAACUGGGGGUACAACGAAGUCGACUUCGACUUGAGCAUAAAUCAAGGCCAGCUGAUGCAUAAAUUAAUCUUCCGAGCCUUCCCCAAUCACUUCCGCCAAAACAGCAUCUAUGCCCACUUUCCCUUUGUAACUCCAUCGGAAAACUUCGUCAUCUUAGACAAAUUAGGAACCUCAUCGAAAUACUCCUGGGCACCGCCAUCGAAACGACCAGAUGUCGUUGUCAUCAAAUCGUAUAAAGCCAUUACCCGAAUUUUGGAGAAUAAGAAAGAUUUCAAAGUUCCUUGGGGAGAGGCAAUUGAGUUCGAGACUGCUCAGCCAGAUGCUUCAUAUGCCAAGAACUUCGCUCAAGCAGGCGAUGAAGCGGCAAAUGCGGCAAGCCGCAUCCAUAUCCAGAAAGCUCUUUAUGUUUCAGGAUGGUUUGAUCAGAUUACUACAUACUAUUCCGAUGUCACGCGACAUCUGUUGAGCACCAACAGCUUAGCCAUGACUGCUGGUACAAAAGAGGUCGAUAUCAUACGGGAUGUUAUUGGCCUCGCAAACACUCGCUUCGUAUCAGCUCUUUACAACUUGCCAUUGAAGAAUGAAGUGCACCCUCAAGGAAAAUAUACCGAGCAAGAAAUGUACACGAUUCUUCUCUCAGCAUACUCUGCGAUCUUCUUCGACUCCGACAUUGCUCAGUCUUUCAAGCUCAGGAACGUUGCAAGGGAACUGGCACAGCAGCUUGGACAAGUCGUCCUGAUGAAUGCGGAUAUGGUGGCCGCUACGAGCUAUUUGCCUGACUUCUUUUCUCUCUUCAGUAGGCAGGUCAAGCCGGUGACCGAACCUUCUCUGCCCUCGUAUGGCAAUCAGAUGAUUCAAAGAUUACUAGAGAAGGGGAAAUCCGUCGACGAAUCGGUCUGGGGAAAUAUCAUACCGAUGACUUCUACAGUUGUAGCAAUACAGACUCAAGCUAUAUCUCAAUGUCUAGAUUACUAUCUGGGAGAUGGCAAAGAACAUCUUCCUGAGCUGCAUAGACUCUCGCACCUAAACACCAAGGAGUCAGACGAAAAUUUGAUGCGAUACAUGCUCGAAGGAUGUCGCCUCAACAGCACCAUGACCAUUUGCCGCGACCUUGCCUCUGACCAGAUUAUCACCCACUCCAUGCCUCCAUUCACCAGCGUAUCAUCAUUCGCCACGGUCACACCAUUUCGAACCAUAACCCACAAACUCACUACCGGUACCCGAGUACUCCUCAACCUAUGCACCGCAGGGCGUGACCCUGCCAUCUUCCCUGACCCAGGGCGAGUACGUCUUGACCGACCCCUUAACUCGUAUAUCCACUACGGCUGGGGUCCUCAUCAAUGUCUGGGCAUCGAGGCCAGUCGAGCCGGUUUGACUGCAAUGUUCAAGACGAUAGUUGGCUUGAAAGGACUCAGGCGAGCUCCUGGACAGAGAGGUAUGAUCAAAAGUAUGCCGGCUAAGAAUUGGAAUGGGCAAAUUGGAAAUACUUCUGGAUGGAAUGAGGAAGAAGAGGAGUUGGCGGGCUUGAAGGUUUAUAUGACAGCGGAUCAAAGCUCAAUCUCGCCGUUGCCAAGCACGAUGAGGGUGAGAUGGGAUGCCUGAGACGGAUGACAGCAAGGGACUACUUCUCUUUGCAGACUAUUCGCGCGUUG